AACAGGAAGCCAGGAGGAAAUGAGAUCUGUCGUCUUUCUUCUUUUCAGAAUCAUCUGGCAGUUCUUGAUUCUGUCCACACUCCAUUCCGUUCGACUCUCCCUCCGGGCCCGCUCUGUCCUCAAGGCCCAACCUUCUCGACCGUCCUCGACCCGCUGACGGACGUCGUCAUUCUCGCCAGCUGCCAGCCGUUCGCCCUCGCCGCCGCGACGAUUUCGCAAGAGGAAAGCUUUUAAAUACUUCAGUCCCGUUACGUCUCUUUCUCAGCUACUCUUUUGAUGUCCAUUAUGGUGUAACCGUUUCCCUUUAGCUACGUUGCUCUGGAAUGACGCCGACAUUCUCUCUCGCAUAGAUUACGGUUCAAACCCACAGUUUGUCUUCUCCAGAGCGGACGGCGGAGCAGGUCAGGGCGUAGGCAGCUUUGAACGAGGAACAUUUUCUACGGGGCCUUUGUGGCAGCCAUGCUGGCAUGGUUAUAAAUGAACGCAAAAUAGAAGUCACGAUAUGUCUGAUUGGUUUUUCUACGAGGAUAAUUGAAGGACACUCAUCUGGGGCUCGAAUAUUAACAUACCGCAGUUACAAUGAGUUUCGACCACGUUCCCUCCAAGUCAGAGGUUAUGAGUUGGAAUCCGCCGCGGUUGGCGGACUACUUGAGGAAGGCGAACCUGACCGGCUGUGACAAAGUCAUCCUGAAGUACAGCAUGAACGGCCCGCGCUUCCUGAACAUGUCUGACAAUGACCUGCAGAAAUUUCCCAAACUUCACGUGCCGUUCGUCACCAAGAUCUGCUGCGAAAUCAACAAGAAGGAAGAGAAGAGAACAAUCUUUAAGAAGAACAGCCAGCACCACAGAAGUAUCACGAACAAGAGUUCGAACAGGAAAAUUCAAGGCUGGGACUCCGAAGAGUUCGAGCAGAGUGACGACGACUACGAGAGCCCCGAUGGGGACGACGACGUGGACGGGGGGGAUUAUGAGUCUCCGGAUGACGGAACUCGGAAAAGGGGAGCCGAGAGCGACAACGACUACGAGCCACCGCCCUCCGACCGGCCUGAAGAUGCUCCCCUGCAGAUCUGCCCCUCAAAGCCCAUAGGCGACAGCGAUUAUAUCGAUAACAACCGGAAUCGGCACACAUCAGCGAAGCUAUCGCAGAACCAGCCCCCGGCCCCCCCAGAGCGCCCCGGCGCCAGCCUGCCCCCACCUUCCACCGCCCGCGUGGCCCCCCACCUUCCUAAGAGCGAGCCGUCCUCACAGAGACCAAUCAAGCCUCCUGCUAAAUCUCCCGGGCUACCCGCCCCCCACGUGGACCGCAGGACGAAGCCUGGCUCUUCAGACCGAAGUCUGCCCAGUCUGCCAGGGUUCCCAGAAAGGGAAGAACACUUUCCAGGAAGGAAGCCACCUAUGCCAGACGCGUUCACCACUCCGAGAAGAAGCGUCGUCGCUGACAAGCCACCAGACUUGCCUCGACUCGCCAAGCCACCGCUGCCAGGGCCUGGGGUCAACAGAUCAGCCUCUUCUGUCGGCAGACAGCCAGCAAUUCUGCCCCCUCCUCUCCAAGACGAUGCACAUAUACCAAAAAUACCAGGAGGGGCGCCUUUUAACUCCAACACAUUCCCCUUACCCACGCGUGGCCCCUCGCCUCGGCCGGGGCCCUCGAAUUCUGAAAGUUUACCCACCCCAAUCCACCCAGGUGGGUCCCUUCCUUCUCGACUGCAAAUGGCCAUGAAUACCCAGAGGCCCGGACAGAAAGCCGAUCGCCUGCCGAUGUCCCAGCCGCAGGUUACCGAUUUGGGCCCAGAUGACGAGCAGGACCUGGACCCAGAGUGGUACGUGGCUCACGUGACCAGAGCGCAGGCCGAGGGCUUUUUGAGGAGGAUAAACCGGGACGGCACGUUUCUCGUACGGGACAGCUCAAAAAGAUCAUCCACCCAGCCAUACACCCUUAUGGUGCUUUACCAGGACAAAGUCUACAACAUCCAGAUCCGGUACAACAGCGAGAAGGACGUCUUCCUGCUCGGUACUGGGCUGAAGAACCGCGAGAACUUCCCCAGGGUGAGAGACAUAAUUCAAUUCCACAUGAAGAUACCGCUUCUACUCAUCGACGCGAAGGACGCUGGUUCGGGACCGCAAAAACAGUGUCUAUUAACGCACUCGGUACAGUACUGACGGCCUCCAGAAAAGAUUACCAAAAACGGCAGAAGGCAAAAGGGAAUUCUGGGAUGCAGAAACAGUACCGUGUCGUGGGGAAGAGAGCGAUCUGAAAAUCAUGGAAACAACUUCUUUCCGUGUAACACCAAAAUGACUCUGUUGUCAUUGUGUUUUAUUAACUGCUUUCAUUUCACAUUUAAUUUGAUUUCAGCUACAGGUAACUAGCAUAUUUUAGAUAAUCGUCAGAUCUAAGUUAUGUGCAAAAGUUUAUAUCGGUUUUUUUUUUUUUACUAGCCUGCAUUUUGCAUUUUAACAAUUAAAAGCUCAGAACGAAAUGGUUAACAUACAAUGGGUUAUUGUGACGAGAAGGCAAGAAUCGGCUCCGCAUUUAAAACGAAAGUGUGGGCUUCGCAAUGAGAAGUCUUUAUCACCUUUGCAUGAAAAGUUUCAAGGCUGAUUGCAUGGCAAAUAUUGAAAGAGAUGAACGCAAAGUAAUCUGAAUAACUGCGAACUACGCACGAGGAGUGGAUGCAAAAGCACGUGGCGCCACGCCUUCACCGCUCGAGGCAACCUGUCCAUCUCCGCUCAUGUGAUCAGUGAUCGUCCUCCUGGCCUUUUACUUUUCUAGGUAAAACUGUAGCCACGUAUAUUUUACCCAGAGCUGCUUAGUUCACCAGCAGUGUGGUUUUACCCGCUCCAAGUGUAACGGUAUGUUUUGAUCCUCAUACACGCGUGUCGCUGCACGUCUCCCCCAUUUGACUGCCAGUUUCAUACAUUUCCACUAAUCGCAUGUUUUUGAAAGCAUCUUUGUUUCAAAGUAACAUUUUCAUUCAGUGUGUGACACGUUGUACUGUAACUGUAAAGUAUCUCUUUAGAUGGUCAGUCUUAAAGCUGUAUUUCAAGGUGUGAAACUAUAGCACAAAAAUAAAAAUGAAAAAAAAAAUGUAUUAUGCUACAAAA